AUGCUCGAUCGAUCCAUGAAGUGGGCACCCGACCAGCAGGCUCUCGGCAGCCUCGGCCUCGCCGGCGUCUGCCGGGAGACCUGCCGUGUGAUCCGCCGCGCCAUGCUCCCCAACUUGGUCAACCUCGGUCCCCCGCUGCUCUCCGCCCUCUUCCUCGCCAGCUCCGCCGCCAUCCGCGCCGUCUGCUCCCGCGUCCUCUCCGACCUCCACGACCACGACGGCCCCAGCCUCCUCCGCCUCGUCACCGACCGGCUCGCCUACUUCCUCCUCGUGGCCGUCUCCAUCGGCGUCGUCCUCCUGCUCGUGCUCCUCUGCACCACCGCCGCCUACGUCUUCUGCGUCGCCUCCCUCUACUGCACCGGGGGCGACCUCCGCGUCGCCGAUCGCGUCCUCAGGGGGUUCCCCACGGUCCCGCUCACGCGGCUGGUCUGCACGUUCAUCUUCGCCGCAGGCCCAUUUCUUGUGAUCUGCACCUCCCUCUUCGUCGCCGGCUUGUUCCAUCCCCAGGAGCUGCUGGGCGCUCCGAACAAGAUCAUGCCGACGAUGCACCUGCUCGCAUGGGCCGCGUGCCUCGCCGGCGCGGCCUACUUCGCCGUGGUGUGCCAGCUGGCCUGCGUGGUGUCCCUGCUCGAGGACGCCAUGCUCUUCCGUGCCCUGCGCAAGAGCCGUGCGCUCCUCGCCGGCAAGUUCUGGGCGGCCGCCGGCGUAUUCGUCACGCUCGACGGCUGCAUCUUCGCCGUGCUGGCGGCUUUCCCCGUUCUGGUGGUGGACGAUGCGCUGGGCCUCGGCCUCGGGUUCCAGCUGGCCGCCGGGGUGGCGAUGGCGGUGGCUCUGUGCGCGGCCGUGCUGUUGACGCUGGUGGCGCAGCCGGUGGUCUACAUGGUGUGCAAGAACCACCACCACGAGGUCGUCGACAAGGUUCACCUCGACUGA